AUGUCCAACAGCAGCUCCAUCAGCCACUUCCUCCUGCUGGCACUGGCAGACACGUGGCAGCUGCAGCUCCUGCACUUCUGCCUCUUGCUGGGCAUCUCCCUGGCUGCCCUCCUGGGCAACGGCCUCAUCAUCAGCGCCGUAGCCUGCAGCCACCACCUGCACACGCCCAUGUUCUUCUUCCUGCUCAACCUGGCCCUCAGCGACCUGGGCUCCAUCUGCACCACUGUCCCCAAAGCCAUGCACAAUUCCCUCUGGGACACCAGGAACAUCUCCUACAAAGGAUGUGCUGCCCAAGUCUUUUUCUUUAUGUUUUUCAUUUCAGCAGAUUUUUACCUUCUGACCAUCAUGUGCUACGACCGCUACGUGUCCAUCUGCAAA